AUGAACCAGAUAAACUACAAUGAAAUCGGGGAGAGAUUCGCCCAGGAGUUCUAUUCAGUUCUACAGACUUCGAGAGCUUCAACUGCAGAGUUUUAUCAUGAAAAUGCCCGUAUGACGUAUGAGGGCGCAGAAGUAAUUGGGAAGCCGAAUAUUGCACAGAAGUUCCAGAGUAUCCAAUGCAACACACUGAAAGUCGCUAUUACGAACGUUGACACACAGCCGGUCGACAGUGCCCUCUUGAUCCAUGUGAACGGUCAGCUCCAGUCUGACAACGACCGUCCUUUGCCAUUCUCGGAAGUGUUCUUGCUUACACCGGUGAACUCCUGUCUCCUCGUGUCAAAUUCGAUGUUCCGACUCAGCCUUCAUCAUUUCUAA